GCCCUCACCUGCGCAGGUGAGCCGCCAUGUUGCGGUGCUGAGCGGAGCCGGGAUGCGGGGUGCCGAGGAGGUGCCGGCCGGUACCGGCCUCCCGGUCCUCCCGCGAGGGGUUCUGCUGCUGCUGCUCGGUGUCUACAAUGCUUUUUCCCUGGAAAUUAAAGCCAGUGCUAAAGUGCGAGGUUUUGUUGGGGAAGAAGUGUUGCUGAAAUGCUCAUUCAAAUCCAGUUCUCCCAUCUCUGAGAGCCUGAGGAUAGACUGGACGUACAGACCCCUCACAGGAGGUCAGAUGGAGACAAUUUUUCAUUAUCAGUCUGUUCCAUACCCAACAACAAUGGGAAAGUUCAAAGACAGAAUAUCCUGGAUUGGAAACGUUGCUGAGGGUGAUGCUUCCAUCGUUCUCCAAAGCCCAGUGCUGAGUGACAAUGGAACAUUAAUCUGCAGUGUGAAGAAUCCCCCAGAUGUGUACCACAACAUUCCCCAGACAAUGCUGAUAGUUACUGAGAGGGGUCUUUCUUUUCAGCUAACCUCAGCGACCCUGCUGUCCAUUUUAGUGUUUCUCCCUUCCAUCGUUGUGGUAGUUCUGCUGUUGGUAAGGAUGGGAAGAAAAUUUGGAGUCCUAAAAGAGAAAAAAAAACCUGGCUAUAAGAAAUCCUCCAUCGAAGUGUCUGAUGAGCCUGAACAUCCAGAGACAGACAAAUGCUUGGGGAAACUCAGAGACUGGUGUCUGAAAUGUGUGGACACGGAUGAAGAAGACUCAUACUGGUGAAAGACCAAAACUGUGGAUAAAAGAACAAAAUUACAGCACUGAAAAUCAUGGCUAGAGAGAGGGAUGAAGGCUGCUGGGUAGCUAGUGCAGAUUGAAGGACCUGCUCUAACCUUGGCAGACUGGAAGAAUUAGGCCAUUGGGAUAAUUCAUUUUUAUUUAAGAACAAAAUAAUGUUUUUUGCAGUCUUUCUAAUUUAUUGGGGAAAAAAGAUACCUCCACCCCACUUUUCGAGUGCCUCCAGAAACCUCAGUGCCUACAGCUCUGCAGCCUGUUUCCUACCAGCAGUCUGACAGUGGGUGUUUCUUAGAUCAUUGCCAACUUGUUUCCUUUAUUACGGGUGAAAUUCCUCCUUUCCUGCCUCCUUGAAUUCGAAUUGCCUGAAGCACAGGCUAUUCCAGAGUGACCUCAGCUCUCUAAGGUGAUCAUCAUUGGG